CGAUUUACACGCUACGACUCGAGUUGUAGGAUGGCGCGAGCGUGUUGUAUACGAUAGUAGGCGAAAAUCGUACCGUCUAAGCCGGCCUUUAGAAAGUGUUCUAUAGCAAUGCGCUCCUAGAAUGAUGUGAAACUGGCGACUUCAGGACUUUGUUGGCUGACUGACGUCUUAUGUUUCGGCAACCAAUGAGAACAUGUUUAGUGUCGGGUGUUGACGGACGCUUGGCGAUAACACGUUAUUCGGCUCGGCAAGUCUAGUCCCGUACUUUCAUUCGAACCUCUCAGAAAGGCUAGCUUAGCGGCACUAUGAAGGAUACAGGAAGAUGAUGAAGACAACCAAACCUAAUUCCCCUUGUAUUUUGGGAGGCUUCAAGCGAUUUCUUCUUGGUUUGGCUGUAAUUGGUGUUUUAUUUGCUUUUUUGUUGAUUGAAAACGAAAGGACAAGCAGUGCUCCACGACCAAAAGCUGUGAGGUAUUGGAUUCAAAUUGCAAAAGACACAGUAUCGAAGGCACAAAGUGCUGUGUAUUUUGCUAGAUACAAUUCUUCAAGCUCUAGGACUAGUAUUCUAAAUACUUUAUACAACAGAGUUGAUAUAAAGAAACGAAAACCAACAGCGGUUCCUCCAAAAACUACGUCACCGAUAUAUUUCGAUUACCAAAGGACAACACAAUGGGGAAAACAAAACAAGACAGCAUGGCAGUUGGUAUACGGUGAUUUGGACUGCCCUGAUAAUAGUCGUAGAGCAUCAUUAACGGCAAUUUUAAAAAAAUGGUCUGAGAUUGCUGAAAAACACAACAUUCAGUAUGCUUUGUUUUGGGGAAGUUUGAUAGGAAUAGUUCGUAACAACGAUGUGAUUCCUUGGGACCACGACAUGGAUCUUCUCGUUCACUAUAAAGAUAUCUUAGUACUAGAGAAACUAGGAUGGCCAAGAAAUAUUCAGGAAUGGGACGGUAAUACCUAUAUUAAUGCUAUCCCUAGCUCUGAACAUAAUAAGUCAAUGGACGACAGACUUCGAUGGGACUGUCAAGGCAAGAUCGCUCCCAGUCACAUAGAUAGUUGUUCUAUUCAAGAACCUUUGGUUCGUCUCUACAACCGAGRCGCAUUCUUGGACGUAUUUAAUUUCUUUGAAUUGGGUGAUUUUAUUGUAACGGCUCCUGAAGGACACCGAGCAGAAAUUGCCAAGAAAGACUUCUUUCCACUUCGACGUUGUUUGUUUAUGGGUGUCCAAGUCUUUUGCCCUAACAACCCCAUCAAGCUUCUAUCCGACUGGUAUGGACCUGACGUCAUCAAGUCUGUAAAGAAAUGUAAACACGGUCGUUGGUUAUAGCUUAGUCAUUCCAGUCUCUAGAAGAAACGUUUUUUUAUUGUUCAAAAUAUCUUUUUAAAAUAACACAUGAUUUUAUACCGAUGGAAGCGAGUUAAAAAAGGUUGGUUGCUUCUUUUUGAUAAAACUAAAUAUAAAAUAUGGUGUUGCGCCUCGUACGGGACAAUCGUUCUUUUGUGUAGCACCUGCCUUAUGGCAAAUUAUUUAAAAUAGAGAGAGAGUCCUCGUUCUUCGACGCAGGCCGGAAGAAACGCAGGCUCUGCAUACGAGAUUGGAGAAAAUAUAUAAACAAAACAAUAAGAACGAGUCGACAAUGAUUAUUAACGUUUAUUUUGGCCAAUCUCAACAGCACUGCUUGGCGGUGCUUGAUUACUGGGUUUUUUAAAAUGCAUAUCUGUUCAAACGUGUAAUUUUCCUAAUUUUAUUUAUAUAUAAAAGGUUCAGGGCUAUAUAUAAUAAAUAUGAAUAGAAAUGAGUAAAGUUUAGUAUAAUCAUA